AUGCCUUCUCCUCCUACCUCUUUACCCUCUCCGACCAUCAGUUAUAAUCAGCCCUUGACGCCAUUAUCAGACAACAAUCAGCCAAAUCAUCAUCACCUUCCCUCACAAACAUCUUACAGAUUACGACAAUCACCAGCUCACUCAGCCAAGUUCAUUGAGAGCAUCACUUUGCCUAAAACAAUUAUGACAAAAUAUACUCCAAAACGAAAAUCUAUAAAAAGAAAGGCUUCGUCCAAAUUGCAAGAUGAAAACCACAAUAGAAUGGCAGCAGAAUCCGUGAAACUACGUCUCAGUCUCAAGGAGACCUCUGCUCAAUCAGCAAAACGAAAGAGAGGCAGGCCAAAAGUCAACAACAAAGCUUUGGAGGAAGAGGAGCUGUUUUACAAGACAUUUGGUAAUAAGCUGACCAAAGCCGAGGCAGACACAACCCGUGGCACACCAAAUGAGACCGAUAUUGCAGCAUUUGAGAAGGCAAGAGCGAAAGCAGAGAAAUCUUUGGCGGCAGCAAACGCAUCUCAACCACUAAUUCCAACACAAAAAACGAGUAAAUGGGAGCCAAUGUUAGAUGUGCCAAAGAUUCGCCAUAUUUCAUUCAAUGACUAUCUGAUUGACACAUGGUAUGUCGCGCCCUAUCCAGAGGAAUAUAGCCAGAAUUCGACGCUCUACAUCUGCGAGUACUGUAUGAAGUAUAUGAAGAGUAGUUUUAUUGCCAAUAGACAUCAGUUAAAGUGCAAGGUUAGACACCCACCAGGCGAUGAAAUCUAUCGAGACGGCAAUAUCUCAAUAUUUGAAGUGGAUGGAAGGAAGAACAAGAUUUAUUGCCAGAAUUUGUGUUUGAUGGCCAAGAUGUUUCUCGACCACAAGACUCUUUAUUACGACGUGGAGCCAUUCUUGUUUUACAUCAUGACCGAAUCUGAUGAAAGAGGAUGCCAUUUCGUGGGGUAUUUUUCCAAAGAAAAGCGAUCCUCCAUGAACUACAAUGUGUCCUGCAUCUUGACAAUGCCUAUUUUUCAGAGAAAAGGGUAUGGUCAAUUCUUGAUUGAUUUCAGCUAUCUAUUAUCAAAGAAAGAAAGCAAAACUGGAACCCCUGAAAGACCUCUAUCUGAUCUUGGCCUGCUCAGCUACAGAAGCUAUUGGAAGAAUGUCUUGUUUCGCGCAUUAGAGGAUAAGGAAGGUUACAUUAGUAUAGAUGAUCUAAGCAGUUCAACCAGCUUAACACCAGAUGAUAUUGUAUCAACGCUGCAAAACAACAACAUGAUUCAGCACGAUAAAGUCAAGGGAGAAUACUCUAUCGUUGUCAAUUCACAGGCCAUCAAAAAUCACCUUGCCAACUUGCAAAAGAAGGACUAUGCCCGCGUGAAUCCAGAAAAGUUGACAUGGACUCCGUUUGUUCUUUCAAAAGAUAGAUUGGCAGCACUUUUGGGACAAACAAAAGUAACUAUCAAGAACGUAGAUGAAUCAACAGAUGUAGAUGUCGAUUAA